AUGAACGCAUCAUCUGCCAAUGUGACGGUGGUUUUACAGUAUCGAGACUCCUUCAUUAAAGCUGUGAUCAAGAAUGUGAUUGUUGUGGUUCUCGGGAUCUCCAUCAACUACAUCAAUGCAGGCCUCAUUCACACCUUCUGCAAACACCAGAUCUUCUACAUGAAUCCUCGAUAUGUACUUUUCAUUCACCUGGUUGUCAACGACAUGGUCCAAAUGACAUUAACCGUCAUCCUGUUUGUCAUCAGCUACAUCAUACGCCAAAUAAACGUUCCCAUCUGUUGUAUCCUCAUCCUGUUUGCUCUUUCCACCACUGAAAACACCCCUCUGAACCUGGCUUGCAUGGCGGUGGAGUGCUACAUCGCCAUCUGCGUCCCCCUUCGCCACGUGCAACUCUGUACCGUCAACAGAACUUUAAUUCUGAUUGGUUCAAUUUGGGCGACAAGCAUGUUUUCUGCUCUUGCUGAUCUGUUUAUCACUUUGGCCACAGAGCCACUGGACUUUUUCUAUUCCCAAGUCUUCUGUCAAACACAAACUGUCUUCCCAAAUCCAGUUAUCAUCAAGAAGAGAGAAAUCACAUAUGCAGUGUUUCUAGUUUUAGUUUGGAUCACUAUCUUUUACACUUACUUCAACAUCCUUUUCACUGCACAAACAGCUAGCAAAGAUGCUAAAAAGGCCAGAAACACAAUCAUUCUCCAUGGGUUUCAGUUGCUGCUGUGUAUGACAACAUAUGUAGCCCCCCAGUUAUCAACUGUUCUGCUGCAAUGGUUCCCUAAGAAUUACACAGACUCCCUGUUUUCUGUUCAUCUUAUUGUACAGGUCCUGCCACGAGCCAUUAGUCCAAUCAUCUAUGGCGUACGAGACACAACUUUCAGGAAGUACCUGAAAAGAUAUAUGUUGUGUAAAAUGAGCCCCUAG